GCUCUAAGAAACGGAGCUCGGUGGAUUUAACCCUUUGUUGGCAAAGACCGGACCCAGAAGCUAACAGAACAAUUUACAUUAGGACCAGCAGCCUCCCAAGCAGCGAGCUAUUUUUGCAAUGGUUUUUAUCGCUGCAGGAGAGCAGCAAGGGGCAUAGAUCAGUGGCAGAGCGUCUGCUUUGCAUGCAUCCCCGGCAUCUCUAGGUAGGGCUGCAAAACUAGGGAGCUGCUGCCAGUCCGUGCUGGCAACAUAGAGGUAGAUGGCCGGUUAAUGGUUAAAUCAACAGCCGCGGCUCAAUUCCUAGCGAGGCAAGAAAAAAUGUGAGGGGAGGAGAGGGGCGGGACAGAGGACAGCCUUCCAUGCAUUUCCUUGCCCGGCUUUGCAGCUAAAAUGCUGCCUGGCUGAGAUUUAUUUUUUGCAUUGCUAGGAGGUUGGUGCAUAGGGUGCAAUGAAUGAGGUGCGUGUUCAGAAAGUGCUGCCUAGUGGGUAGAGCAUGUGCUGCUUGGCAUGCAGAAAAUUCCAUGUUCAAUCGCCAGGGCUGGGAGAGAGACUCCCUGCCCUGAAACUCUGGACAGCUGCUGCCAGUCAGAGUUGACAGUAAUAAGCCAGUAGCCCGACUCGGUAUAAGGCAGCUUCUGAAGUUCCUGAGAGUAGCAGGCACCCCCUCUUUCUGAAUUGUAUCAGAAAGGAGUCCCCGUCCCCCCCACAUAGAAUUCAUAGAAUUGUAGAGUUUGGAAUGACCCCAAGGGUCAUCUAAUCCAACCAACUCUAACCCAUGACCCUGAGAUCAAGAGUCAUGCCUUGGAAUGUGGGUGACCCCUUUCCAAGUUCACGGUGAGCUCCGGCCCCUCUUUUUCUAGAAAAAUAGCUCUUGGUGGAAGGCCAAGGGCAGGCCCAUCUUCCUCAUCUGCCCUCUGCCCCACCGCACACUAGUGAGGGAAAGAGCUGCGUUCGAAUCCUCCCUGCAAGCGGAAAUGGCUCUAGCAGGAGUCGGGGAACCCUCAGCCUCCUGCCUUCAGUUCCCAGCUGCGUUAGAGCGGUGGCUUCAAAUGGGCUUGACCCCUGAGAGCGAGGAAGAAGGCCAAGCGGGCGCCAUGGGGCAGUUUCUGAGGUGGACCGUGGAACAGAUGAAGCAGGAACCGACCCAGGGGGUGUUGUCUCGGCACUGGGAAGCCCAGUGGCAGGCGUUCCUGAAGGCCUCGCGGUUCCCAGGGUCGGACUGGGGAGACCCACAGACUGUGCUGCGGGGUGGCGGCAAAAUCUUCCUUCCCCAUCGUUCCAUCGGCAGGCAGAUUAUGGCAGAGCAAGGGGCUGACUCCCCAGCUGCCCUCGGUGCGGAGGCCCAGCGCCAGAGCUUCCGCCGGUUCCGCUACCAGGAGGCCGAGGGCCCUCAUGAGGUCUGCAGCCGCCUCUGGUACCUAUGCCACCGGUGGCUGAAGCCGGAGAGGCACACCAAGGAGCAGAUCCUGGAGCUGGUGAUUCUGGAGCAGUUCCUGGCUGUCCUGCCGCCGGAGAUGCGGAGCAGGGUUCAGGAAGGAGGCCCGGAGACCUGUUCCCAGGCGGUGGCCCUGGCCGAGGAGCUCCUUCUGGGGCAAAGAGAGGCGGAGGAAGAACAGGUGUCGGGCCUGUCCCAAGUCCUGAAAUUUCCUGAUGAUGAAGAGGAACAGGCGUCAUCUGAGUCUGGACAGGGGCUCCUCCGUGGGGAGAUCAAACAGGAGAGCGGAGAUUAUGCCAUUUCUCUGGAUGAUGCUUGGGGAACUGAGAAGGAUUGGGAAUCGCAUGAGGUGUGGUCGGGAGGAAUUAAGAGCGGAGAGGAGGAAGCUGACGCUGAGAACCGAGAAGACGUCCUCGAGGGGGUGAAUCGAACAGAGAUGUGGAACCAGAGACCCGUAGCCUGCCAGCUAAGCCAGUUUGGAGCGUUCUACGAGCUCUCGGCCCAUCAGAAACCGCGGCUGGAGAAGAAGCAGAGCACCUGCGGUGUUUGCGGAAAAGGCUUCAGCCGCAAGUCAAACCUUCUCCGACAUCAGAGAAUCCACACAGGAGAGGAGCCCUACAAGUGCCCGGAUUGCGGGAAGAGGUUCCGCUGGAGCACGAGCCUCAUUGCGCACCAGAGGAUCCACAUGGGGGGAAAGCCCCACAUGUCCGGGAAGAGCUUUGACCACAGCCAGAACUUUGCACGGCACCAGAGGCUCCCCUCCACCAGAGGGAAGAAGCCGCACAAGUGUGUCGAUUGUGGGAAAAGUUUCAGGCGGAGCUCGAAUCUGGCUAUUCAUCAGACAAUCCAUGCAGGGGAAGAACCUUUCAAGUGUGUGGACUGUGGGAAAAGCUUCAGCUACAAGUCAAGUCUCAGCCGGCACCGGAGGGUCCAUGCAGGGGACGAAAGAUUCAAGCUUUGCUUUUGAAUCCAGCCUCACUAGACAUCAGAGCAUCCACUGCGGGAAAAGUUUCAGCGACGAGCAGAACCUUAUUACACAUCAGAUCAUUCCCGCCGGCACAUAAGCAGCCAGGCUCUCUUCUAAGAGGCUGGAGUAAAAUAAAAUAUUUUUGCCUUAAGGGUGGUGGAAAUGU